UCCUCGGAUCCCAUCACCAUGGAAAUUCCCCCCAAGAGCCCUGAUGGGAGUGAGAAGUCUCCUCAGUCCAAGGAGCUGCUGACCAGUAACACAGCCAGCACCCUCUGCAUCAGCUCCCGGAGCGAGUCCGUCUGGACCAGCGCAUCCAGAAGCAAGUGGGACAUAUACCACAAGCCUGUCAUUGUUGUGUCUGUCGGAGCAGCCGUCUUCCUCUUCGGGAUGGUCAUCACCAGCCUGUCUUGCAUCCAAACCAAGAACAAAAACGUUUACAAAAUGUGCGGCCCAGCUUUCCUGUCCUUGGGACUGAUGCUCCUCGUUUGUGGCCUUGUCUGGAUCCCCAUCAUCCGGAAGAAGCAGAAGCAGAGACAGAAGUCACAGUUUCUGCAGAGCCUCAAGUCCUUCUUCUUUAACCGCUGA